AUGCGCCUACAAGUUCAAAUCGGAAUUGAGUGCAUUGUUAUUCCGUAUGAAGAGGAAGAAACAGUUCAUAGUAUUGCACUGAAGACGGUCGCUAAGAUACGCAGAUUACGUCCAGCUGUUCUAAUCCCAAAAGAAGGCAAUCCGUAUCAAGAGGUUCGACGGACUGUCGGAAAUUCUCUGCUUGACCCAGAAGAUCGGGCCGGAGAUGUCCUGAAAGACGGCGAUUUUGUUAUCCUUGAAACAAAGACAAGUGGAACUGGAGACAACUCCAAAAUUAACGUACUUUCUUGGUCAGCUGUAACAAUUGAAAGACCUACAAAGCUGCUUAUAUUGGAUGGUGACAGUUUGCUCCCAGCUGAUCUAGUACGAUGUGAACGUGGAGAAUGUGUGAUACAGUUAUCAAUGGAAGUAGAGGAACGGAUUCACAAAGGUCGAACAUUUCUUGAGAAGAUCGCCACCGAACAUCGCGCCGUCUACGGAGUGACAACCGGCUUCGGCAUAUUCUCGAAUGUGCGCUCAAUUCCGAGUUUAGUAAAGUUGUUAAGGAAGCUACAGCUGAACCUAGUUCGUUCCCACGCGACCGGUUACGGCCAACCACUUCACCCAUCGAAAGUCAGAAUGUUGCUUGCAUUAAGAAUUAAUGUUCUUGCCAAAGGAUAUAGUGGAGUUUCUUUGGAGAAUGUCAAAAAGAUGGUGGCUGCGUUUAAUGCAUUUUGCGUUUCAUACGUCCCACAACAAGGCACGGUAGGAUGCAGUGGCGACCUGACACCCCUGGCCCAUCUCGCACUUGGACUACUGGGAGAAGGAAAGAUGUGGAGUCCAAUCACGGGAUGGGACGAUGCUGACGUGGUUCUUAAGAAGAACAAUCUCAAACCACUAGAACUCGGUCCAAAGGAAGGACUAGCGUUGAUUAAUGGCACUCAGAUGGUCACUGCCAUUGGAGCAUACGCACUGGAGCGAGCAUAUAACAUUGCACGGCAGGCGGAUGUGAUAGCUGCAUUGUCGCUGGACAUUCUCAAAGGGACCACUAGAGCUUUUGAUCCAGAUAUUCAUCGACUACGUCCUCAUAAGGGUCAAGACAUCUCCGCACGUCGUCUGCGUUCUCUACUUCAUUCCGACGCUAAUCCAUCCCAAAUUGCAGAGUCGCAUCGAAACUGCAACAAAGUGCAAGACGCAUAUACACUACGAUGUGUUCCACAGGUGCACGGCAUCGUCCAUGACACGAUCGAGUUCGUUCGCCGAAUUAUCACUACAGAAAUGAAUUCCGCCACUGACAAUCCACUCAUAUUUGCAGACAGAGAAGAGAUAAUUUCUGGUGGUAAUUUUCAUGGCGAGUAUCCGGCCAAGGCACUCGACUAUUUGGCGAUCGCCGUACACGAAUUGGCUCAGAUGAGUGAGCGCCGCCUCGAACGGUUAGUGAACAACCAGCUAAGCGGUCUUCCAACAUUCCUCACUCCAAACGGUGGACUAAACUCAGGCCUGAUGACCGUACAACUCUGCGCGGCUAGUCUCGUGUCUGAGAACAAAGUUCUUUGUCAUCCGUCGUCGGUGGACAGCAUUCCGACAAGCUGCAACCAGGAGGAUCAUGUCAGCAUGGGAGGCUUCAGUGCACGCAAAGCGCUGACGGUCGUCGAGCACGUCGAGGCUGUACUAGCCAUGGAAUUGCUGGCCGCUUGUCAAGCCGCCGAAUUCCUCAAACCGUUGGUUUCGACGGCACCGCUUAACAAGGUCUACCAACUAGUUCGAAGUGUCAGCGCACCAUUAAUUGAAGACCGCUACAUGCAUCCAGACAUCCAAACCAUCAUUCAACUACUCAGAGAUAAUAAGGUGUGGGAAUGUGUACAACCGCACUUGAAGACAUUAAGGGAGAUGGAGGAGCUAGAUCCAGAUGCGCUUCGAAUUGACGCCAAGACCCCGACCGGCAUUGUGAUAUCCGAACGCCUCGAUACUCCUGGAGAUUCCGACACAAUCAGCUCCGACGAAAUAGUUUCCAUAUAA